GGGCGGGGCGGGGCGGGGCCGGGGCGGGGCUGGGACUCGAUGCGACGCAAAAAACCCGCGCCAUCCCCCGGAGCCUCCCCAGAGCUGGCCGCGCAGGAUGGGCGCCCUCAGGCCCACGCUGCUGCCGCCUUCGCUGCCGCUGCUGCUGCUGCUAAUGCUAGGAAUGGGAUGCUGGGCCCGGGAGGUGCUGGUCCCCGAGGGGCCCUUGUACCGCGUGGCUGGCACAGCUGUCUCCAUCUCCUGCAAUGUGACCGGCUAUGAGGGCCCUGCCCAGCAGAACUUCGAGUGGUUCCUGUAUAGGCCUGAGGCCCCAGAUACUGCACUGGGCAUUGUCAGUACCAAGGAUACCCAGUUCUCCUAUGCUGUCUUCAAGUCCCGAGUGGUGGCGGGUGAGGUGCAGGUGCAGCGCCUACAGGGUGAUGCCGUGGUGCUCAAGAUUGCCCGCCUGCAGGCCCAGGAUGCCGGCAUUUAUGAGUGCCACACCCCCUCCACUGAUACCCGCUACCUGGGCAGCUACAGCGGCAAGGUGGAGCUGAGAGUUCUUCCAGAUGUCCUCCAGGUGUCUGCUGCCCCCCCAGGGCCCCGAGGCCGCCAGGCCCCAACCUCACCCCCACGCCUGACGGUGCAUGAGGGGCAGGAGCUGGCACUGGGCUGCCUGGCGAGGACAAGCACACAGAAGCACACACACCUGGCAGUGUCCUUUGGGCGAUCUGUGCCCGAGGCACCAGUUGGGCGGUCAACUCUGCAGGAAGUGGUGGGAAUCCGGUCAGACUUGGCCGUGGAGGCUGGAGCUCCCUAUGCUGAGCGAUUGGCUGCAGGGGAGCUUCGUCUGGGCAAGGAAGGGACCGAUCGGUACCGCAUGGUAGUAGGGGGUGCCCAGGCAGGGGACGCAGGCACCUACCACUGCACUGCCGCUGAGUGGAUUCAGGAUCCUGAUGGCAGCUGGGCCCAGAUCGCAGAGAAAAGGGCCGUCCUGGCCCAUGUGGAUGUGCAGACGCUGUCCAGCCAGCUGGCAGUGACAGUGGGGCCUGGUGAACGUCGGAUCGGCCCAGGGGAGCCCUUGGAACUGCUGUGCAAUGUGUCAGGGGCACUUCCCCCAGCAGGCCGUCAUGCUGCAUACUCUGUAGGUUGGGAGAUGGCACCUGCGGGGGCACCUGGGCCCGGCCGCCUGGUAGCCCAGCUGGACACAGAGGGUGUGGGCAGCCUGGGCCCUGGCUAUGAGGGCCGACACAUUGCCAUGGAGAAGGUGGCAUCCAGAACAUACCGGCUACGGCUAGAGGCUGCCAGGCCUGGUGAUGCGGGCACCUACCGCUGCCUCGCCAAAGCCUAUGUUCGAGGGUCUGGGACCCGGCUUCGUGAAGCAGCCAGUGCCCGUUCCCGGCCUCUCCCUGUACACGUGCGGGAGGAAGGUGUGGUGCUGGAGGCUGUGGCAUGGCUAGCAGGAGGCACAGUGUACCGCGGGGAGACUGCCUCCCUGCUGUGCAAUAUCUCUGUGCGGGGUGGCCCCCCAGGACUGCGGCUGGCCGCCAGCUGGUGGGUGGAGCGACCAGAGGAUGGAGAGCUCAGCUCUGUCCCUGCCCAGCUGGUGGGUGGCGUAGGCCAGGAUGGUGUGGCAGAGCUGGGAGUCCGGCCUGGAGGAGGCCCUGUCAGCGUAGAGCUGGUGGGGCCCCGAAGCCAUCGGCUGAGACUACACAGCUUGGGGCCCGAGGAUGAAGGCGUGUACCACUGUGCCCCCAGCGCCUGGGUGCAGCAUGCCGACUACAGCUGGUACCAGGCGGGAAGUGCCCGCUCAGGGCCUGUUACAGUCUACCCCUACAUGCAUGCCCUGGACACCCUAUUUGUGCCUCUGCUGGUGGGUACAGGGGUGGCCCUAGUCACUGGUGCCACUGUCCUUGGUACCAUCACUUGCUGCUUCAUGAAGAGGCUUCGAAAACGGUGAUCCCUUACUCCCCAGCCCACACCGGGCACCCUUUUCAGGUCUUGCAGGUGUCGACUGUCUUCCGGCCCAGCUCCAAGCCCUCCUCUGGUUGCCUGGACACCCUCUCCCUCUGUCCACUCUUCCUUUAAUUUAUUUGACCUCCCACUACCCAGAAUGGGAGACGUGCCUCCCCUUCCCCACUCCUUCCCUCCCAAGCCCCUCCCUCUGGCCUUCUGUUCUUGAUCUCUUAGGGAUCCUAUAGGGAGGCCAUUUCCUGUCCUGGAAUUAGUUUUUCUAAAAUGUGAAUAAACUUGUUUUAUAAAAA